UGCAAGACACAAAUAAUAAUGAUAAUAAUAAUAAUAAUAUUAUUAUUAUGAUAGGGACCAACAUUGAAUGUAACAUGAUAUCAUUAUUUUGAUACUAUAUGAACACGCUACAUAAAUAUAAAUAUAUAUAUAUUGACACUCUUGAAUACACCUACCUCCUCAAAAAUAAGAAAUAAACCUACGUAGAACACACAAUACGUGUCCCGUAAAAAUACCAUUUGGUGGAUGCAGAGGCCCUAUCGAAUACUACUUAAUUUCCUAUAUUCGGCGCCAAUUAAAUGACUUAAAAGUUAGAACCAAGGUAAAUUUUUAAGCUUACUUAUUUCUUUCUUGGUUUUUAGCCAAAAAGAUAUACUGUAAAAAUCGAGAAAGAGUAAUUUUUUUUUACCAGUACACUCUACUCUUAGCACUCUAGCAUCAUCACAUUCAUAUAGUUCUAUCAACAACAAACAAUCAAUGUCAUACCAAUAAAUCCAACGCAAUCUUCACCCCAGCCGCAGCUCCAGCCCCCCUAUGGCGAAGUUGAAGCACCCAGUUGCAGAAGCCAACGAGACGAGCCCGUUCGGCUCACUCAGUCCGGACGAGUUCUACGCCCACCACUCAGUGAGCCACGGCUCCGAGUUCAUCACCAGCAAAAAGGGAAACCUCAAGCUCUUCACGCAGUGGUGGACGCCGCAGCACUCGGCCCCGCUGAGGGGCGUCGUCUGCGUCGUGCACGGAUACACCGGCGAGUCCAGCUGGUUCGUCCAGCUCACCGCCGUCCACGUGGCCAAGCACGGCUUCGCCGUCUGCGCCAUCGACCACAUGGGCCACGGCUACUCCGAGGGCCUAAUCGCGCACCUGCCGGACAUCAAUGUCGUCGUCGAUGACUGCAUCUCCUUUUUCAACGGAUUCCGCGCGCGGUACGCGCCGGAUCUGCCGGCCUUCCUCUACGCGGAGUCGCUCGGCGGCGCGAUCGCGCUGCUCAUCUCGCUCCGCCGCGACGGGAUCGUGCCGGAGAGGAGGUUCGACGGCGUCGUGCUGAACGGCGCGAUGUGCGGGAUCAGCGACAAGUUCAAGCCGCCGUGGCCGCUGGAGCAUUUCCUCUCGAUCGCAGCGUUUCUCGUGCCGACUUGGUCCGUCGUGCCCACGCGCGGCUCCCUACCUAACGUUUCAUUCAAGGUGGAGUGGAAGCGGAAACUGGCGCUUGCAAGCCCUCGGCGGCCGAUGAUAAGGCCACGCGCCGCCACAGCACAAGAGCUGAUGAGGCUGAGCAGGGAGCUGCAGGGGAGGUUCGACGAAGUGGACAUACCGUUCCUCAUUGUACACGGCGGCGACGACAUCGUCUGUGACCCUGCCUGCGCGGAGGAGCUCUACCACCGCGCCGCCAGCAAGGACAAGACCCUGCGUAUAUACCCCGGAAUGUGGCACCAGCUGGCCGGCGAGACCGACGAGGACGUCGAGCUCGUCUUCGGGGAGGUGGUCGACUGGCUCCUCGCCAGAUCGGAGCGGGCAGAAGCAGCCGAAGGCGGCUAAGAUGGGGUGGUUGAUGCUUGUGACUUGUGAGAAUGUACACCAACUGAUCAAUGCCUGAUAUAUGUGAAAUCACUAUUUCGAUUUCUAA